UUUUUAUUUUUUUUUUGCAUGCACACGACGUAAGGUGAAGUGUUUUUUAUUGUUGUUGUUGUUUGAGGGUUUGAGAGGCAUAACCGCAUAACCUAUCAGCCGGUUUGUCUGGUCUACGAUCCGGGCUCUAGGCUGCCGAAGGGUUUGGCCAGCAGUUUAUGCUUGUGGCCGGUGGUAGGUGGCCAACGACGGUGGACGGGUUGGUUGGUGUGAUGAAGCACGUGCGGCUGACUGGUUGUUGCUGAUGCUGUUACUGCUGCUAGCUACCGUUCAGUGUUCAGUGUGCUGUGGGAAUUCUGCAAGGUGUUGUGUGUGCAGUAUGUGCAAUCGAACUGUGAAUUACGGGGCGUGAGAACCUGGUGGUGAUUGUUAAGAAAAACUAAAACAAAAAUUAAUGUAUCGUUUCUAAUUUUAACCGGAAAAAAAGUGCUACAGGUGUAAACAGUGAUCAAUCAUUAUCAGUGAAAAUAAAAUACAAACGAAAAACGCCAUUUAAGGCAACAUUCGAAACGAAUGGAAAGAAAAACGUGAAUAAAUAACUGACGUAUCUGUAAGAGACUGUUCGUCUACCAAAUGUAACUGGUUAAAACGUCUUCGGAGUCGCAGGACAGAGACUCACUCAGAGAAGUACGAAAGAAAGCAGAUUUCCACUGAAAUGUUGAGCAGUUUGGCAAGAGUUGCAGCUAUCGAUCGAUCGAUUGGUUGUUGUUGUUGACUGGUGACCGAAUAAACGGAUCUCGGAUAUCACACAUUCGGAACAGCCGAGAGAGAUCCCGAUGGACGUCGUAGGUCUUGAGUUGCCUAACGUAGAAAAACGAAAACGAAAGUACAAAACAAGUAGUGUAGUGCGUGCGAAGCCCUAGAAGGCAUCUCGGAUAGUGCAAAUAUUCUAGUUGAGUGAAAUACCGUCAGACGAAAAAUGUAUUCGUCAAUCCUUCUAGUGUUAGUGUUAACGUUAGCGGCAGUUCCGGAACCAUGCCGUACGCUGGAAACGCUCUUUCAGCUCGAUGGUGACGGCGAAGGAGCCGGCGGUGGUGGUGAUUUCUCUAGUCCCCUGUACGAGGAAAGCUACGAUACGGAACUGGACGACGAUCAGAAUCGAUAUCUGCAGCAACAACCGGACCAACAGCCGCCGGCAGUACUGGAUGAGGUGUACUAUCGGGUAACACCGGCCGGUCAUGAAAGUGAAAGUGAAAAGACAUUUGUUACGAGUGGUGGUGGUGGUGGUGGUGGAAGUGGCGGUAGCACGACAACGGGUAACAGCAUCCUGGCAGCAGGAGUUGACAGUGAAGAGCUUCCAUCGACUGACCGCACAAGCAGUACAUCAUCAACGUCACCAUCGUCUUCUUCGUCGUCGUCGUCGUCGUCGGAGGACAAUCCGGUCAGUGUUGCGCAAGCAUUCGUCGGAGGAGGAGGAACGUCCAACCGAGAUGCGUUCAGUAGUCGAAGUCUCGAUCAUGACACGGCCGAUUCACUUCAAUCCUCAACGGUACUGGAAUCCAAUUUCGCCAGUAACUUCCUGUACACCGGUGGGACCUACAACGACAGUUACCAUUCGAACAGCGGUGCCGAUGAAAGUGUGGAGAAACCUUCCGACGAUCCACUGGAUAGCGGCGAGGAUGAGUCGCAGUUCCCAAGUACCACCACGUUCAUCCCGCUGCUGUCCAUUCCGGAGAUAGCGAUUAAACCCACGAAGCCACACAUCGACGAAAGCAAAAUUCCCAAGACUGAACUGCUAGCCCGGAUGCUGACCGACAAGAAUCUCCGGCUUCCGAUUGCGAUCCUGGUGGACACCUGCAACGAGUCGCUGAGUUACUCCAAAAAAGUCUUCGACGCGGCACUCGUGCCCAGGUCCCCGAUGGAUGUCAUUCUGAUACGCUACAACAACACGGCUAUUGCCAAAUCGAUCAGCUUCCGAAACACGAAAUCACUGAUGGAGGCCAUCAACUCGCUGCAGCCAUCGUACGACAACAGUGCCCCGGCCUACUACAGUAUUCUGCGAACCUGUCAGGAGAUUCCCUACGACAGUGCCAUCUUUCUGGCGACGUCGAAUGCGGCCGUCGUCGAGAAGAACAUCGCCCACGAAGCAGCACUGGCGUUGUUGAGGAAACGGAUUCGGCUCUACAUUAUCUGGUUCGGUGACGAAGUGGAUCGUACUCUGUCGGAUCAAUACCUGGACAGUCAGACGGGACUGCACGAGUUGGCCUAUCGAACCGGUGGACGGGUCAUACGGUUCGAAAUCGAUCAUCAUUUCGGCAACAAUCCAGUGCUGACCACUCUCGUGUCGGAGAGCGAACUGCAUGGUGAUAACAGCAUUCCGAUUCCGGUCACGGCCGACGUUAGCAGUUUGUACUUCAAGCUGCACGGUAACCUCGGAACGGCCACGCUCAGAACCCCCAACGGCUACAUAAUCGACCUUCGGCAAAGCACCGUUUCAUCCAACGUCAACAGCAACGUCCAACCAAAGAUCAUCACCGCAGGCCAUCGCAACGAGCACGAGUUUCGUCAAUCGAAGUCACCGGCAGUGGAAGCAAACGGAUCCCGCGAUUAUAUUUUUGUAAUCAGCCCAAUAGAUACGACCGGGGAAGGAGUGUACUGGCUGAACCUGUCGGACGCCAUCAAGGACUCGGGAGACUUAUCACCGUUGACGAAGGGUCACGAAGCCGGUAGUAAUCCGCGUCGUCAGCAGUCGUACGGGGUAACGAUCAAAGCUGAUUACAACCGCAUGCGCCACGGGAUUACACUUUUAGAACACGGAGAUCCGCUUCUAGAGCAUCACUUCGAUAAUCACGGCAAUGACGUGGAUGUUCUGACUGGCAACGAAUUGGACGCACUGAAACAUCAGCAGAUACGUCGUACGGUAGCGGAUGGCGAUGGUCAUCAAUCGGCCAAACAAACUUUCCCGGAGGGCGAGGAGAGUGGAGUGCAAGGACGAGCCGCCAUUCAGUCCGUCACGAAGGUGGAUGUCGGUAUCGACUCGCAGCUGAUGGGAACGCGUGGCUCUUCGAUUCGAGUGAUCUUCGAAGUGACCAACUUCCGGCAGACGGGGAUGCUCUACUAUUUUCGAGUAACAGGAGAAAAGCGAUUUUUGCAGUUUCUAAAUCCAGGAUCGGCCUUUGUGAAUCCAGGCCAAACGAUCAGCGUGGUGGUCACUCUUCGAAUACCGACCAACGCCGAGGUUGGAUCUCGGGACAAAAUUACGUUUUACACCGAAGGACCAGACACGGUUUCGCAGGCAGCUUGGGUGACGGUAACGGAUUCAUCCGGUCUGUCCGAUGCUUACCAGCCCUCGAUAUGGUACACGUAUUCCAGCCGCUGCGAGGGCCGAUCAUCGCCGGGGACUUGUUCGGGUGCUUUCUGGACCGUCGAUAUCGCGGCACGAGACUGGGAAACGGGAAUUAUGAAGAUUGCUUCGAGCCCCACAGGAAUCCUGUACAAAAACCCUUUCACGGCAGGAACACGUGAAGAGGUGAAGGCCACCUAUACGGCUUCCUGCUGUCAACCAAAGGUGACCAUAACGGCUCACGAUGCCAGCAAAAAUGCACGCACCAUCAGUCUGGAUGUGACUGACAUUUGGUUGAAUGAAGCCGGCAUUGCGGCGGUUGUGCUUGGGGUUCUGCUACUGAUUGCAUUGAUAAUUCUGCUAGUGUUACUGAUUCGGUACUGCAUCCGGAGAAGAAAACGUUCCCAAGACCUGCCUAUCUACAGAGGCGAAACCAGACGAACUCGAUAAUGCCUCGUGGUUUCCUAAUUCCAGAUAAAUCUCUUUGCCAUAGUUUUUAGUUAGUAACGGGUUCUCAGAGAUACAACAAAUGCCAUAUCAAGAUGAAGUCAUUUUUGUGUGUGUUUUUAAGGUACUAUUAAGAGUCAAAUAAAGAAUAAAGUGUUGAGUAAAUAA